AUGUUUCCCCUUCGCAGUGGAGAAGAACUUGGCGGUCAUCUGCAUUGUCAGGCGCUCCGUUUUCGAUUUUAUAUAGUACUCCAGGGUAACCCCCUUUCCCGCUUUGUCGAUAAGGACGUCCUCGUAGGUGGUGAGGCUGUUGACGCCCGCCGUGCUCGUGGCAGUAACCGUGACCUUGACGUUUUUGAGGCUCACGAGCCCGACCUUCUCCCCAUUCACCGUCACCUUGGGCAGCAACACCAGCUCUACAGGGCCGCUUAG